CCAGGCGUCGUCCCUCCCUGCCCGACGUACUCGCCUGGUCCCGGCGUCCCUGGUCGCCAUGCCGCAGCUCCUGGCGUAGCCCCAGCGCGCAUGCCCCCAGGCCAUCCUGGCGUCAUGCCUGGUCGUGCCGCAGCCCCUGGUGUCAUGCCUCCUGGCGUCAUCCCUGGCCGUGCCAUGGACCCAGGCGUCGUCCCUCCCUGCCCGACGUACUCGCCUGGUCCCGGCGUCCCUGGUCGCCAUGCCGCAGCUCCUGGCGUAGCCCCAGCGCGCAUGCCCCCAGGCCAUCCUGGC